AAUGGGAUGGUCGACACACGCCACCGGUACUCAAGAUCCUCCCGAGGUUCGCAACUGGAAGAUCCAUCUUGUGGCCUUCGUGGCCUCGAUGAGUGCCCUUGCCAUGGGCUAUGAUACCUCUGUGAUUGGAGGCACCAUGGCGCUCGACUCNUUUCGUAGAGACUUCGGGCUUGCCAAUGCCUCUCCGAAACAUCGUGAUACGGUGCAGGGGAACAUCGUUUCAACAUUCCAAGUAAGCAUCCAGUAUCCCAAGUGGUCAGGCCCGGCUGAUCUUUUUCUCCAGGCAGGGUGUUUCUUCGGAGCACUUCUUACCUUUCCCUUUGCGGAGAAAUAUGGUCGCAGACUCACUGUUAUGGCGGCAUCAGCUGUGUUCCUUGUGGGUGCCACUCUGAUGACCGCCGCCAAUGGUGCUAUGAACAUGGUUGUCGCUGGACGUGCUGUAGCCGGCCUCGGCAUUGGAGCUUGCUCUCUUGUUGUUCCCGUCUAUAUCUCCGAAACAGCUCCACCUUCUAUUCGUGGACGAUUGAUCGGCAUCUUUGAGAUUGCAUCGCAAGGUGGUGGCAUGCUAGGAUUCUGGAUCAACUACGCUACAGAUCGUACCAUCAACGUCAACAACAAAGCUCAAUGGGUGAUACCCUUGGCUUUACAGCUUGUGCCAGGUGUUCUCCUGUGCGUUGGCAUGUUUUUCUGUCCAGAAAGUCCUCGUUGGCUGGCCAGAGGUGACGACUUCGACAAAGCAGAGAAGAUUAUCAGCAACCUGCGAAAUCUUCCAGCAGACCACCCGUACGUACGCAACGAGAUGAAUGAGAUCCGACUACAAGUCGAGGAGCGAAGCACAAACAAGAUGAGCAAAAAGCAGCAAGUUCAGAAGCUGUUCCAGAAAGGCGUGCGAAACCGAAUGGGUAUUGGCCUUGCCCUGAUGUUCCUGCAGUCUUUCACAGGCGUCAACAUCAUCACAUACUAUGCACCACGUAUCUUUGAAUCUCUCGGAGUACCCGGCACGUCGCUCAAGCUGUUUUCAACCGGCUUCUAUGGCAUUUCCAAAACAUUGGGCAUGAUCACGUUCACCAUGGUGGUCGUGGAGAGAGUUGGUCGACGCAAGGGUCUGAUCUGGGGCGCUGCUCUGGGUUGCGUACCCAUGUUAUACAUCGGAGGCUAUGUUCUGAGGGCCGAUCCGGUCGCUGCUUUGGCGGCAGGAGACACGACACGCAAUGGAUGGGGUUAUCUGGCCAUGGUUUGCGUGUACGUCAAUGCCUUCAUCAUUUGCGCAACCUGGCAGGGCAUCACUUGGACCUACGCUUCUGAGAUCUUCCCGUUGGACAUUCGCAUGCUUUGCGUCGCACUGACAACAGCGGACACAUGGCUUGGAUCAUUUAUCAUUGCAAGAUCAACACCGUACAUGAUCUCUGAUCUUGGAUAUGGAGCUUACUUCUUCUUCGGUGUCAUCCUGAUAGCCAUGGGCAUCUGGUCCUUCUUCUUCGUGCCUGAGACCAAAGGUAUGCAUGUUGAGAUGGAUGCAUUAUUUGCGAGAUCUGUGCGGAAGGCAGUAUGGGCUCAGCUUCGUGGCAGGACAAUACCGCCGGUCGAAGAAGAUGUGAUGAUGGCGGAUGAUUCCAAGAAACAAUCGACUAUCAGGAUUGAGAAGGUAGACAUG